AAAGCUCUCUCCGUCUUUUCUAUAUUCACACACUCAGUAUCUGUCACACACUUUUUCCUUGUCCUUACUCGUUCUCCGUCUCUCUCUCUCUCAUGAAUACACACACAUACAGAUGUGAACACACACCGACAAACACAUACACACACACUCUGUGGCCUCUCCGGUGGGUAAACAGUGAGUUGCACUUUGGUUCCAUCGCCGAGUUCAGGCUUUGGGCGCUUCUGUCGAACGCAGACGGAUAAGUGACGGCAACAAGAUGGCUAGUUUUGUUUUACUGGCCCUUACCGCUGCUGUCUUGCUGGAGGGACUGGCAGCUGACAUCACGGAGGAGAACACAGAAGCUGUUUUCGUGACUCAUCAGGCGGCACACGCGGUGCUGCAUCGUCAGCGCAGGUACAACAGCGGCCAUUUGGAAGAGAUAUGGAAAUCCAAUCUGGAGCGGGAGUGUGUUGAGGAGAACUGCUCAUUUGAGGAGGCAAGGGAGGUGUUUGAGAACGAUGAGAAAACUAAUGAAUUCUGGGCUGUAUACAUUGAUGGUGACCAGUGUAAUCCAAAUCCCUGCCAGAAUCAAGCUACGUGUAAAGAUGCUGUCGGUUCUUAUGUGUGCUGGUGCCAAGCAAACUUCGAUGGCAAGAACUGUGAGAUUGAGACCAACCAGCAGUGUUCAUUCAACAAUGGUGGAUGCUUCCAUUUCUGUUGGAUGCAGGAUGGGAUACCUGUGUGUCGAUGUGCGGCUGGUUACCGCCUUGGUCCAGACAGGAGGAGCUGUGAACCGACCGGACCCUUCAGCUGUGGUCAAGUGAACCUGUCCCCCCCACCCAACACCGGGUCCCAUAUGAGCCCACGGGGAUCAAAUGGUACAAUAUCCACUGAACGAAGCUUUAAUAGCAGUGAAAUUCUGGAGGACGACUACGAUGGCCAAAACAUGACACGGUUUUACGAUAACUACGACCUCCCUGCGAACGAGUCUGAGACAUCGGACAUUCCCGUGGCCUCAACAGGACACGUGCGUUCGGCGAGGUCCGAUUCAGCUGCGUCUAGUUCCGUCUCCAUCCCAGAUGUCACCGACAAUCCAGAGCUAAAAAAGCCGUCCUGGGGCCGUCCCACACUUCCCACCAUCACCGCGAAAGAGAACAGUGACCAGAGGAUCGUUGGAGGUGAUGAGGCCAAACCUGGAGAGAUACCAUGGCAGGGGACACUGAUCACUAACGCCUCAGGGGCAGAGACGCCCUUCUGUGGAGCAUCUCUGCUCAAUGAAUUAUGGGUGAUCACUGCCGCCCACUGUCUGGUGCUGAAUGAUAUCCCUAAAAAAGGUUUCUUCGUCAGAGUGGGUGAACAUGAUAUGAAGGUUGUUGAGGGUCAGGAGCGAGACCACUUGGUGGCAGAGCAGCACAUCCACCCUAGUUACAACCGUCAGAAGUCGACAUAUGACCAUGACAUUGCGCUGCUGAAGCUCGCCACUCCAGUGGAGCUGUCCAACCAGCGACGUCCCAUCUGCCUGGGCCCCAAAGACUUUACAGAGGACUUGUUGAGGGAGCCCAGCAACUCCAUGGUGAGCGGCUGGGGAACGCAGGCGUUGAAUGGUCUCGUGGCGACUAAGCUCCGGAGGCUGGAGGUCCCCUACGUGGAUCGCACUGAGUGUAAAAAGAGCAGCCAGUACAUAAUCACACGCUUUAUGUUCUGUGCUGGUUUCAAAACCGAGAAUAAGGAUUCGUGCCAGGGGGACAGCGGGGGGCCGCAUACCAGCAAUUACAAAGGCACCAGGUUCCUGACAGGCAUAGUCAGCUGGGGGGAGGGCUGUGCCAAGCGUGAGAAGUACGGCGUCUACACCCGAGUGUCACGGUACUACGCCUGGAUCAGUGAGACAACAGGGAUUCGAACUACAGGCUGAGGAGUGGAAACAUGCUGCCAGUCGAGAAAGCUAACUAUAUACCUUGUUCUGUAAUUGAGAAAUUGAAAAGUUGUUUUCUACACUGUGAAACAAUAAUGUUAAUUGUAACUUUUCAAUAAAAUUCAAUUCGAA